UAUGUUUUGAUCAUGGCGAAAUGAGGAGUGAUUCAUUUUCCGAUUAGGAAAUUCAAAUGCAAAUGUUCAACAAACAACAAUAACUCAACAACAAUGCAGGUCGACUAUUACAACGGUUACUUAGAUGUGAAAAUUCCAUCCAAAUCUAAAAGAGGAUUUACACCUUGGAAGACCUGGAAGAAGCAAUGGUGUGAAAUCAACCGUCUGGACAGCAUAGAAAACGGCAUUGAACUGAAACUAAGAUCCUGCAAAGAAGGGAACAUUCUAAAUUGCUUCAUAUUACCCAGGUCUUCCACAAUAUGUCGAACAGAGUCUCGAACCAAGCAAUACGCAUUUGGAGUUUUCAAUCUCGGAAGGAAACAGAAACCUCUCAUAUUUUUGAACGGCAGCUCAGAGACACAGACUCAGGAAUGGAUGUUGACACUCAGGAGAAUGCUUGCGGUUGCUUCGUACAUUCCAGUUGACAACUCAAACUUCCGUGUCUCCUUGGUCGACAACCAUCAUUCACGAGCAGCUGGCCUAUUAGGAACCUUUGGUGUUUUGAGCAUCAAUCAGCAGGAGUUAAGUAUAAACGAUCCUUGCACAGGAGAGGCCAAAAUUACAUGGAAAUGGUUUCAGUUUCAUCAGUUCCAUCUUCAGGCUCCUCUACAGCCCGAAGACGACCGGAGGGUGAUUGUUAUGCAUACCAGCAGCGAGUUCCCUGCCGGUCCGGGACUAAUUCUACUCUACUGUAAGCAAGCCUCCAGCCUUCUACACCACCUCGUAUCUAGGGGACAUUUUCCGAAAACCAAAAAUCGUUUGAGUCGGAGCGAGGGUGAUCUCGUCAAUGCCUUCAACAACUCCUUUCAUGCCGAGAGUCCCGUAUGUUUAAGAAGCCAAACUGGUAGCGAGGAUUCGGGUAUAAGAGCGUCUAUCGUUUCUGACGAUUCGGAGUACGUUGCAAAAUGCAAGGAUGCUUCAAAUUAUGUUAGCAUGGGAAUGGAUGAGGUAACAAAAACACCUGGUGGUAGCGAAACAGAAGAUUCCUCUUUGGACCUUGUAGGGACAACUCCAAAAAGUAAUAUUCCAAGAAACGAAUCUGGGAUUUCCUUGGCAUCAGGAAUAUACGAAGAGAUACCAGACGAUUAUGAGCGUAAAACUACAUCACAUUCAAAACAUACUAGCCACGUCUACGAAAACCCCGCAGAUGUCAUUGUAGAACUAAGGAAGUCGUUUUUUACACCGCCUCCUUUGCCUCCAAGGUCUCUAGAUUUUACUUGGAUAAACAGGACUCGUAUCAACUCCGAAAACAAUACGUUACAAAAUCCGCUAGUUCCGAGUUUAAAACCUCGCGCCAACACCAUGCCAGCUCAAGAUCUCUCAAAAAUAUCAAAGAUAUUCACCGCGGAAUCGGAUUACGUCGUCAUGAGUCCGAGCAAAACACAAGACACAGCCAAAAAACCGGAAGUUGAAAACUUCUACAUGCCAAUGUUACCACUUAAGUAUUUAAAGUUUAAGACUGACAAUAUUACGGUUGAUCUAAAGAAGACUUGACUUUUUAACAUGUUUUAAAUGUUUUGAUACUAUUUUAUAUGUAUUAUAGGAUUCUUCUUGCUAAUCCGUCUCACGUCAUCGAUCAGCUGUUCAAAUUUAUACAGCUAUACAGCGUUGACAAAUCGUUCUAAUUAAGCACAAUGACUUGGUUGUCAGAUCUCGAUGCCAAGCACCAUUAAUAUCUGUCUGACAAUCAUGUGUAAACCCAUUUGUUACUUCACAAUCAGUUCUGGACUUUCUGAACCACAACUGAAUUAACUUUUGUGACGAUUAAUGAAGCUAUAAAGAUGAAAACUAUACUACAAUCACAAUAAAGAUGCACUAGAAAUAAACGAACCAAGACACGUUGAAUGUUACGAGGAGCAAUGCCGAAUCAUACUUUACAAUGUGUAUACAUACAUUGUAAACCCAAAUCAUGAUUUACAAAGUUUAUACAUUGUAAAUCAUGAUUCGGGAGUGCUCUUCGUCACAUUCAACGUGUCUUGGUUUGUUUAUCUCUAGUGCAUCUUUAUUGUGAUUUUAGUAUAGUCUCGCCACUGAAGAAGAUAUGGUUCGAAGUCUCUUCGCCAUUCAAGAUUUAAAAAUCUCAGUUUUCUUCAAGCAUUUUCUGAAAAUAUCUGUAAAGCUCCUCUUUUACGAAUUGCUCUCUGAUUUUUAAGAACGAAUUCUUGAAGGAAGGGCAAGUCUCUUGAUUUUUUUCACAAUUUCUGAAGUUGCUAUUAUCACUAUUUGGACAAAAUCACAAUUGUUUAGAAUGUUUAGAAUUGUCACAAUGUUUAGAAUAUAGCUCGACAAUAAAGACACGUUGUUUUCCACUUUCGAGGUGUUUUCGUAUUUCACUACUUGUUUAGUUACCUUAAAGUGCCAGUUGUCAUUUUUUAUUGUUGGCAACACUUUAAACAAUGGGCGCCAAAUUCAAAAGUGCUUGAAUUCUGGUAUUAUCGAAGAAUUAUCAGUUAGUACUAGGCCGGUCCGAUAAAUACUUAGCCUUCAAAAGAAUAACAAAAAUUUUGGAAAAGUGGUGACCUAUUUCUGAACGUAGUCACCUUAUAGCUUGAUUAACUUGACCCAACGAUGCUUCACCUUCAUUAACCAGUCUGAAAAAUACGUUUUCUCGAGGCUUGCAAAGUAGGCUUCCGUGGCGGUGAUAAACUCCUCAUUCGACUUAAAUUUCUGCCCGGCAAGUGACUUUAGUAAAAGGGCAGAACGGGUUCUGGAUAUUUUCCCAUGUAAAAUCCCAUAAGAAAUCACCAAGGUCCAUUCUGGUCAUCUUUGACGCUUUUUAUGGUGGAGGCGCGAUCGCUCACGUCGUAACAGGUAGCAGAGAGAUGCUGUGGCUAACGUUGGACGCUCUGCUACCUUCUGCUGCGACGUAAGGCGAUUGCGCCUCCACCACAAAAAGCGUCAAAAAUGACCAGAAUGGACCUUAGCGAUUUCUUAUGGGAUUUUACAUGGGAAAAUAUCCAGAACCCGUGCUGCUCUUUUACUGACUUUUUCAUGUUUGAAAAAAAAAUAAGUCGUACACUGCCAAAUCUGGAGAAUACGGUGGAUAAAACAGCAGUUUGUAGCUCAAUUCGACCAAUUUGGCAACGGCGACUGCGGAUAUGUGAGCCGGUACGUUUUCAUGGUGGAAGACUACUUUUUUGUUUCCUAAUUGGGGCUGUUUUUCUGCAAUUCGGCGUCGAAUAAACCCAAUAAUGCGGCAUAGUAAAGAUCUCUUUCCAGGAAGUUGAUAUAGAUCACACUUCUGGCCGAUUGUAAAGUCUUCGCCCUCUUCAGAGCACGUUCGCGAGGUGACGUCAAUUGCAUCGACUGUUCUUUGGUCUCUGGUGUGCACCAGUGGGAUCAUGUUUCGUCGACGGUUAUGAAACAAUGUAUAAUCUCAUUUAGAGUGCGCUUAAACAGUCUCAGACACUGCUCUGAAGUGGUCUCAUGGUUGCGCUUAUUGUCUGGAGUGAAGCAACGCGGCACUCAUGCGCCUACAGCUUUCUAGCGCCAAAUUUCAUACAGGAUAUGCCACACGCCAUCUUUUGAGAUGCUUUUCAGUUGGCGGUCUGCCAAUGAAUUUCUUUCACGUUAUCCACCGUGGUAGCCGUUUUCAAGACGUUAUUACCUGAACAUGACUUAUCAAAAACCGACGUGCGACCACGUUUAAACCCAUUUAAUUAAUUUUGAUGGUCGCCAUCGGAGAGAAGAGUCAUAGUCAUUGAGAGGUGACUGUAAUUUUUUUGCAGACAUUGCUUGGAAUUAACCCGUAUAAUAAUAAUUGAGUUAUCCUCCCACUCAAAAAGGUCCGGAACAUUGUUUAAAUAAUCAAAAUGUCAAAAAAUGAAGGAAAAAUUCGAUUUUUUCUUCGUUUUUUGAUUAUAACUUUAAAAGUAUUGACUUCCGAGAAAAGUUGCACGCAAAUAAAAGUUUCGUAAUUAAAUUUCCUACAAUAUAAGAUUGUAUAAAAUUUUUUAAAAUUGUUAUCCUUGUUGCAAAAUAGCAAUAAUUGCGAAAAAAACAUAAAACAACAAGUAUUCCCAUUUAACGUUUCUCAACCAUUUCUGCUAUAUGGACCUUCAUAUUUCUCUCAGAAAAACUUUAUGAUAUGAUAAAACAAGACUGUAAAUUUAGGUAAGAUCGGUUGAAUAGAUUUUGCAAAAUAAAUUUUGCAAUCCAGCUUUCGCAAAAAAAUUAGUUUUUUCAAAAUGUUGCAGGACUGAAAAUAAAGCAGAUAGCAACUUAAUUUUUUUACAAAUAUAAGAAUACUGUACCUUUCAUUUGCAAUUUGCAAAACUAAAACGGUUAACUACCACGGCGUCAGGAAUUUUUUUAAAUAAACAUUAAUGUUUGGUGCUACGCGCAGGACGGCGGUGUUCGAUUCACACAAGCUGAUUUUCACCAAAAUUUCUUUCAAUCUCUAUCUAAUAUAUUAUUUUCUUACUCUAUAUUUUGUUGUAUGUUCAUAUUUUAAUUCCACAAAAAUCAAACUUAUUUGAUUGUUGUUUAUGAAAAAUUGUUUAAACAAUUGCAUAUGUUUAAAAAUAAUACACUUUUAUUUUCUAAGUUAAAAUAUAUGAACAAAGAAAGUUUUUGCAAAAAAAAGUGUUAUUUCAAAGGACAGAGUAUGUGUUUUUAUUUUGCAAUAAACAAAUUUAUUUAUUUAUUUCGAAAUGUACUAAAAAUUAAAUUUUAUCAAUCAUUAUCAAAGGUCAUUGGAAUGCCCAAUCAGAGCGAACGUAUUCGCUGUCCUGCACGUAGCACCAAAAAUUAAUGUUUAUUUAAAAAAAUUCCUGACGCCGUGGUAGUUAACCGAUUUUAAUUUUGCAAAUUGCAAAUGAAAGGUACAGUAUUCUUUUAUACGAAAAAAAAAUCAACUUGCUGUCUGCUUUAUUUUCAGUGCUGCAACAUUUUGAAAAAAUGAAUUUUUUUGCGAAAGCUGGAUUGCAAAAUUGCAAAAUCUAUUAAACAGAUCUUAAUGAAAUUUACAGCAUUGUUUUAUCAUAUCAUAUAGUUUUUCUGGGUGAAAUAUGAAGCUCCUAAGUGUAGCAUAAAUGGUUGAAAAACGUAAAAUGCGAAUACUUGUUUUUUUAUGGUUUUUUCGAAAUUAUUGCUAUUUUGCAACAAGGGUGACAAUUUUUAAAAUCUUCAGUUAAUCCUAUAUUGUUGGAAAUUUAACUACGCAACUUUUAUGUCGGUGCAACUUUUUUCGAAAAUUAAUACUUUUAAAGUUAUAAUCAAAAAACCAAGAAAAAAAUCGAAUUUUUCCUUCAUUUUUUGACAUUUUGAUUAUUUAAAUUUAAACUAUGUUCCGGACCUUUUUGAGUGGGAGCAUAACUCAAAUAUUAUUAUAUGAGUUAUUUUCAAGCAAUUUCUGCAAAAAAAUAUGAGUCAGCUGUCAACAUCCAAAUGUGAUAAUAUUUUUACAGAUGCGCCCUGGUCUAUCACCCUACACAGAAUUCCAGCGCUCUUUGAUUUCACUGCAGGAUUUUCCUUCCAUAAAGCCCGAUUCUCAUUAGACGUGCAAGGAACCGGACCAGCAACGGCUAGGCACAUGCUCGGCAAAAAUGGUUUCGAAAAUAACGUCGCAUGCAAAGAUGGUCGCUUGCCGGUGCUUGACACGCAUAGUGUGAAUUACAUCCCGUGAAGUGCAUAAGAUUUUAUGUAAAAUGUAUCUUGCCGAGCCGAUGCCUUGCCCAUGCCGAGCACUUGCCUUGCAUGAUAGUGAGAAUCAGCCUUAAACAAGAGGCGAAUCAACGACCGAUAUUGCUAUUUUUUCAUUUUUCUAAAAUUGACCGCUUACAUACGCGGUCAAAACCAUACUAAGAGUCCGAUUCGGCUGAGAUUUUGACAUAAGGCUAAGUACUUAUCGUAAUUGAUCACGUGAGACGGUAUUAGUAGGAGAACGAAUAUGUAUUAUACGCAAUUUGAUGACAAAACUCUAUUUUCGUUAGAGUUUGUUUUAGAGUUAGGUCAUAGAUGCACGCAACGCAUUAACGUCGCUAGUGCUAGUCCGAAGUAAGUAUUAUAAUUUAUUGUUUCGUUGCAUUCUCGUCGAAAUGUAUCGGUAAAUACAGUGCCGGCAAAAAAAUCUUUACAUUGCCAAAUAAAUCACCAAAUUUGAAGACAAUUUGCAUGCGUUCUGUCUGCGCUUGGAGGGGAGGGUAGGGGAGGGAGGAUAGCCUACUUGCGACGGCAAUUAUCUGUAGUUUACGGACCGCUUGGUUUAUUUAGGCUAUUCUGCGCGUUUGCACUGUAAACAGUUGGCUUUGUGCGGGUAGUCAGUGUUAAACUUCUUCUCAUUUACCGCGUAAAGUUUGAGAUCGUCAAAUUCUAAAUUGAACUCACAAAUAUGGGUUAAAAGAAACUCACAAAAGAGGAGAAGGUUUGUGCUUUAACAUUACUGGAGAAAGGAAACUCUCUAAUUACCGUAGCACGUGAUAUUGGUGCUUCAAGAGGGGCUAUUUAUCAACUGAAACGUUCGGCUGCAGCAUUUCAGUUGAUAAAUAGCCCCUCUUGAAGCACCAAUAUCACGUGCUACGGUAAUUACAGAGUCUCAUUUCUCCAGUAAUGUUAAAGCAUAAACCUUCUCCUCUUUUGUGAGUUUCUUUCGACCCAUAUUUGUCAGUUCAAUUUAGAAUUUGACGAUCUCAAACUUUACGCGGUAAAUGUGAAGUUUAACACUGACUACCCGCACAAAGCCAACUGUUUACAGUGGAAACGCGCAGAAUACCCUAAAUAAGCCAAGCGGUCCGUAAACUACAGAUAACUGCCGUCGCAAGUACGCUAUCCCCCGUUCCCUACCCUUCCCCCAGGCGCAGACAGAACACAUGCAAAUGAUCUUCAAAUUUGGUGAUUUAUUUGGCAAUGUAAAGAUUUUUUUUGCCGGCACUGUACAUUUGCUUUUGUUAAAUAUUGUUGCGUGCGUCUAUGGAUAAGACUGACAACGAAUUGCAAGAUUAGGAAAUUUUACACUGUUAAGGAAAUUAUUGACAUAUCGUUUGAAACCAUAGAUUAUAAUCUUGCAAUAUUCGUACAUUCUACUCAGGCUUUAUUUUGACAUAUGCUCUUAUUUAGGCUAAAAGUUACAAUUUUGCAAUCAUUUUUGUAAAAAUUAACAUUCUUUUGGGUAUUGUACCAAAGUUAUUGUGAAAGAAGGAUUUUUUGAGAACUCUUCUUACUAAUUAAGAAAUCUUUCUUUUAAUCUACUUUCCUUUAAUCUCUAAUCUCAUGUAUUCUUAAAUAAUGUUCCUUUAAUUUUACUACAAUUUCUCUCAAACAAAAAAAUGUCUAGAUGAAACAUGCAGUCAUUAUGGCAAAAAUUCAUAAAAACAUAGUUUUAUGUUCCAAUUUUCAUAUCGAUGAAUUCGUAUAAUAAUUUCAAUAACUGCGUUUAGAACUCUAUACCAACUCUAUCAGAAGCUGCUCCUAGAGAGCCAAAUGAAUAUUAUUUUGAAUUAAUUCCAGAUGUUUCUAAAACCAUAUUCAAAUGUUAGUUCAUUUGGUCUAAAGUCCAAAUAGAGUAAGAGUAGAAUGUAUAUUGUCGUUUUUAAAUGUCUUUCGAGACACUAAUUUGAUGAAACCUUGAAAUUUGGACAUCUUCACAAAAUACAUUUUGUGAAGAUUACUUAGGGUAAUGAUCUCAGGUUGUAGGGUUGAUUAUAAGAAAAUCACGAUAAUCGAACAAAAGGUGUAUUUUCGUCUAUACGUUACAAGAUCUCAAUGCUAACUAACUAAAAU